AUGCUGUCCCGACAGCGCAUCCCGCGCAUCCUCGCGUCGAGGACCUCGCUCGCACAUUCGAUUAGGUCUUCCAGCUUGACCACUUCCUCGAUACGCUCUCUCGCUGCGGCUGGGCAACAUGUCGUGACCCGGCCCCGACACGAAAGGCCGACGAACCUCUCGAGUUUCUCGACCUACACUGCUUUGGGGAAGAAGAACGACAAGGGCUUUUUCGACAACUCGAUUGAGCCGCUAACAGAGGAGGAACGCAAAGCAAACGUUGAGCACACCGAGGCCGAGUCAAAGGAGGCCGAACCAAAACGGGCCAAGUCCAAGUCCUCGACCUCGGAUGCCCCGGCGGCGCCAGAAGAUGGAAAGGCUAGCGCUGCUGGCGGUUCCUCUGCCGGCUCGGGCUCGGGCGCAGACGGUGGUUCCGGAGACGGUGGCAAGCGAGGCCGCAAGCCUGGUGAUAAGGCAUUGGCGAAGCCCGUUGUACCAGAGAUCUACCCCCAGGUCAUGGCGAUCCCUAUAGCGAAGCGACCGCUCUUCCCCGGGUUCUACAAGGCCAUUACCAUCAAAGAUCCCAAUGUGGCUGCUGCUAUUACAGAAAUGAUCAAGCGCGGACAGCCAUACGUGGGAGCUUUCUUGUUCAAGGACGAGAACGCCGACGACGAUAUUAUCCGGAACCGCGACGAUGUCUAUGACGUCGGUGUCUUUGCUCAGAUUACCAGCGCUUUCCCCAUGAACAACCAGAACGGCGAGGGUGCUAGUCUCACCGCGAUCCUUUACCCCCACCGGAGAAUCAAGCUGUCGGAGCUUAUUCCUCCUGGCUCGCCAGAGGCUGCUUCACUCGACGGUGCGAAGGAGGGUCCUGCCCCUGAGCCAGUACCCGAGCCGAUUCCCAAGGUGACCGACGAGUCCGAGCAAAAGGGCGACGUGGUGGCGAGCUUUGAAGAAAGCGCCGUGACACCCAGGCCCGAAUCAACCCAGAAGCCCUACGAGCCGACAUCGUUCCUCAAGAAGUAUCCUGUCAGUCUUGUUAAUGUAGAGAAUCUGACGGAGGAACCCUACGACCCCAAGAGCCAAGUUAUCAAAGCCGUUACGAACGAGAUUGUAAACGUGUUCAAGGAGGUCGCCAGCAUGAACAGUCUCUUCCGGGAUCAGAUUUCCACCUUUAGCAUGAGUCAAUCGACCGGCAAUGUCAUGGCUGAGCCAGCCAAGCUUGCUGAUUUUGCCGCUGCUGUUAGCGCCGGCGAGCCUGCUGAGCUUCAGGAGGUUUUGUCCAGCUUGAACGUAGAGGAAAGGAUGCACAAGGCUCUUCUUGUCCUGAAGAAGGAGCACGUUAACGCUCAGCUUCAGUCCAAGAUUACCAAGGAUGUAGAGCAGAAGAUCACCAAGCGUCAGCGUGAAUACUGGCUCAUGGAGCAGAUGAAGGGUAUCAGACGUGAGCUUGGUAUCGAGUCUGACGGCAAGGACAAGCUCGUGGAAAAGUUCAAAGAGCUCGCUGACAAGCUGGCUAUGCCUGAGGCCGUGCGCAAGGUGUUCGAUGACGAGCUGAACAAGCUUGCCCACCUUGAGCCUGCCGCUUCCGAGUUCAAUGUUACGCGUAACUACUUGGACUGGCUCACCAACAUUCCUUGGGGCCAGAGCAGUGCCGAGAACUUCGACAUCUUGAACGCUAUGAAGGUUCUGGAUGAGGAUCACUACGGUCUCAAGGAUGUCAAGGAUCGUAUUCUCGAGUUCAUUGCCGUCGGCAAGCUCCGCGGCACCGUCGAGGGCAAGAUUCUCUGCUUUGUCGGUCCUCCGGGUGUCGGUAAGACUUCCAUUGGCAAGUCUAUUGCUCGCGCGCUUGGUCGCCAGUACUAUCGCUUCAGUGUUGGCGGUCUUACCGAUGUUGCCGAAAUCAAGGGUCACCGCCGGACAUACGUUGGUGCCCUUCCCGGCCGUGUCAUCCAGGCCCUCAAGAAGUGCAAGACUGAGAACCCCUUGAUCUUGAUCGACGAAAUCGACAAGAUUGGUCGUGGCUAUCAGGGUGAUCCUUCUUCUGCACUCCUCGAGCUUUUGGAUCCCGAGCAGAACGGCUCUUUCUUGGAUCACUACCUGGACGUCCCUGUUGAUUUACUUUCCGGAUACGUCGCCGACGAGAAGAUGGCCAUUGCCGAGAAGUAUCUUGCUCCUCAGGCGCAGGAGAUGGCUGGUCUCAAGGGCGUUGACGUGCAGCUAACAAAGGACGCGAUUGAGGAGCUCAACAAGUCCUACUGCCGUGAGUCAGGUGUCCGCAACCUCAAGAAGAAGAUCGAGCAGGUUUACCGCAAGUCGGCCUUGAAGAUCGUUCAGGACCUUGGCGAGCAGGCCCUUCCCGAGUCUGAAGCUCUUACCGAGGAGGGUAAGGCUGCCCAGAAGGAGACGGAGAAGAAGAAGAGCGAGGAGGCCGAGUCCGACGAGACCAGCAGCCCGAAGGCCGCCACCGAAGCUUCUGAGAAGGAGACCACGGAGAAGCCUCGGGUCGCCAUGAAGAUUCCCGAGGACGUCCAUGUCGUUAUUAACAAGGACAACCUCAAGGACUACGUUGGACCCCCGAUCUUCACUUCUGACAGGCUCUAUGAUGUGACACCUCCUGGUGUUACCAUGGGUCUGGCUUGGACCUCCAUGGGUGGCGCUGCUAUGUAUGUCGAGUCUAUCCUCCAGAGCGCGCUCACCCCCAAGAGCUCACCAUCUCUCGAGAUUACCGGCAACCUUAAGACGGUCAUGAAGGAGUCUUCCGCCAUCGCCUACUCGUACGCCAAGGCAGUCAUGGCCAAGGACUUCCCCAAGAACCGCUUCUUCGACAAGGCCAAGAUUCACGUGCACGUCCCUGAGGGCGCUGUACAAAAGGAUGGUCCUUCGGCCGGUAUCACCAUGACGACUUCUCUGUUGUCGCUUGCGCUCGACACUCCUAUUAACCCCCAGAUCGCUAUGACUGGUGAGCUUACUCUCACUGGCAAGGUGCUCCGCAUCGGUGGAUUGAGGGAGAAGACUGUGGCUGCUAGGAGAGCUGGCUGCAAGAUGGUCGUGUUCCCCGAGGACAACAUGUCUGACUGGCUUGAGCUUCCUGAGAACGUCAAGGAAGGUAUUGAGGGCCGGCCCGUGUGCUGGUACUCUGAUGUCUUUGACCUGAUCUUCCCCAACCUCGACCGUGAGAAGGCCAACACGAGCCGUAUCAUCGAGGACGAUAAGUCCGAGAAGGAGAAGUCCAAGAAGAACGACGACGACGAUUGA